AUGGAUCACUACGCCGCUGAUGUUCAGCCUGAUCCGGCCGAGUUUCCCAACACCAUCAUGCGCCGACGCACCUCGACAGCACAUCCCGAUGACAUGGUUGGUGUAGGCCCCGAACCCGCCAGAGCUGGCGACCAAGCAUCAGUCCCAAGCGCAAACGCCGCCGAGUCGGUAGCAGGAGAUGUCGACACGUGCCGGAUAUGUCGAGGCGAGGGAACCUCGAGCGAACCUCUCUUCUACCCUUGCAAAUGCAGCGGUAGUAUCAAGUAUGUCCACCAGGACUGCUUGAUGGAAUGGUUGUCGCAUUCUCAGAAGAAACAUUGCGAACUGUGCAAAACCCCGUUCCGGUUUACCAAGCUCUACUCGCCCAGCAUGCCAAAGAGUCUGCCCCUUUACGUCUUCGCCAGUCACAUGGCCACAUAUCUGCUACGGAAUAUUCUCGUCUGGCUGAGAGCUGCUCUAGUCAUCAGCGUAUGGCUCGGCUGCCUCCCGUACUUGAUGAGGUGGGUUUGGUCCUUCUUAUUUUGGAUCAGUGACGAAGGUUUCGGCCCGACGAACCAGCUAUCCAUGAGCCCGAAUUCGAAUACAACCAUGGCACAUCUCAAUCUGGUCGCGUUCACUAUGGCUACUCAGGGCCUCACCACCAACUCUUGUCCCUCGGGCCCUCUCUUUCCAGCGACGACGACGGCAGCCAACAAGAGACACAUUGCAGAACAAAUGCCCGAUCUCCUCCAGGCUGCAGCUUCCUCUCUUCACCUCAAUGUCAGUGGCAUCAAGUCAUUUACUACGUCCGUAACACGUCUCCUAUUCGGCGGAAGCGCACUCUCGGCGGAGAGAAGCUGGAGCAAGUCAGUCAAUGGCUCAGCGAUAUCAUGGAACCUACCACAGCACGAAACCCUGCUGAGUGAGGUCAGCUUCCUGAAGAAUCUCACGCCCCAUCCAACAAUCAACGGAAUUGUUAUUCGUAUCUUCGAAGGCCAAAUCAUUACAAUCUUGGUCAUAGUAUGUUUCAUCUUGAUCAUCCUGGUUAGAGACUAUGUGGUGCAACAACAGCCCGAGAUCAACAUGCGUGCCGCCUUCGCCGCUCAAAUGGACAACCCUGACGGGUUCCAGGAAGCCCAGCAAGCACAGGUACCCCGAGCACAAGUCGCAGUGGAGAUGGCCAUGGGGCCGGAUCCUCUGGGUAAUGCUGACAUUGCUUUCCGCGAUGACGAGUCAAUGGUCGCCCAGGAUGGGGAAGCUGCAGAACGGGACACGGACAUGAUGCCAGAGGAGCCGCAGCCUCGUCAAAGACCCAUUGCCGAGUUUAGAAGGCGAAUCGUACGACGAGAUACAGUCGAAGAUGAAAUCGGUGGCCCAGUGACGAGCCAUCCGGCCACUCCCCUCAUGCCACCUCGAGCCCCAUUGGACAGCGGUGCUCGGGAUCGGUUUUUGCUGGAGAAUAUGGACGAGGAGUCGCAGACUACGGUUAACCAGUAUUUGCGGAUUUACCGACAAGCCAAUGGAGAUCCGGAGAAGAUUUUGCGCAUGAUACGCGAUGAGGGCCUAGAAGAGAGACUGUCAUACUGGGUCAAUGCAACACGAGCCAUGACACUGUCAGAGAGCAGUUCCAGUAGCAGCGCUGCCUCUGUUGAAGGAGCUCCGCUUCCUUCCAGUUCGAGCGCCCCAUUUCGGAACCAGACUGCAUCUAGCACGGCAUUUAAUCGCCUAGACACUGAUAUUGGGCGAUUCUCGGUUCCCGCGCAGGCUCUCGGUAACACCCAAACUGACUCUCAGGACUCUGCAAAUGGUUCAAACAAGGGCAAGCAAAGGGCCGUUGAUGAAGACAACGAGAUCCCAUCACUUUCGCUGGUGGAGGACAUCCGACAGUGGCCAAUCUCCACGAGCCCCGGAUCUAGCACCGGUGAUGAGUUAUUAGAGAUUGAUUCUGUACACUUGUCACCGUUGAACAGGCCUCGUGCUGUAUCAGACGGUCCUCCACUUCACGAUAAAAUUCACCCAUUGGCCAACAAUAGCUGGUCCUUUGCAGCACUGUCGACCUCCGAAGCCAACACAGAUGAGCAGCCUGGAGAGGUACCAACAUUCGAGGCUGCAAUCACAGACAUAUUCAACAUGCAACAAGGUCCGACCCACGAAUCUAGUAACGGGAUGCCCGACGCACAUGUCAGCGACAAUGCUGCAGACCAUUCAAGUCAAUCCAGCUCGUGGGUAAAUGUGGAAGCGCCCGAGGCACCGCCAAUCCAGCAAGAAGCUACCGAUCUACCAGACGCCACACCGGAACAGGAAGUCGUUCAGCCACCGGCUGGCCUUGUAGCGAGAGUAGCUGACUUCAUGUGGGGAGAUAUUGAUGCCGGUGCAGAAGCGAAUGGCCAAGAUGCGCUAGAGCUCUUUAUCGACGACCAGAACGCCCCAUUCAUGGAGCUCAACCGCAAUGAUGACACCGAGGAUGAAGAGGAUGAUGACAUCGGCAGAGAUGAGAUUAUGGGGGAAGAAGUGGCAGCCGAUGUCAUGGAAGCCGCCGCCGCUGCUGGCAUUGACCCCGAAGCCAUCGAGGAUGCCGAAGAUUUCGAUGGUGUCAUGGAGCUUCUCGGUAUGCGUGGUCCUAUUGGUGGCCUCUUCCAGAACGCCAUCUUUUGUGCGUUCCUGGUGUCCAUUACCAUCUUCUUUGGCAUCUUUCUCCCCUACAAUGUCGGCAGGCUAGCUAUCUGGGUAACCGCGAACCCAAUGAGAAUCGUUCGCAUGAUGCUCAGCGUUUCAAGAUUUAUUCAAGAUAGCUGCCUAUUUGCUGUCGGAUGGACCUCCAGCUUCAUCUUCGACGUACUAUACCUCCUGGCCAAGAUGUUUCACCUUGAAAAGGCCCGCCUGCUCCUCGCAUCUGCAUCUUCUGAUGCUCGUGAGCUAACGUCAGAGUCGGUGAGCAGAAUCUGGGAUAGCAUCGUGUAUGAGACAAUGUUCAUCAGCUCGAAUGAGGUACGCAAUUUUUCGGUUGUGAGCCACGAAGCUUUGAUGACUGUCAAGUCGCAUACACGCAUCCUAUCAUCAGCAUUCACCCGCACCAUCAUCUUUUUACUUGGAGGCAACUAUGCUCCAAAAUGGCAAGUCGUUAAAUCCACCUUGACCGCAGCCGCGCCUCAUGCCCUUGAUCUCGGAAAAAAUCUGACCACAGCAAUUACGAGGCCAAGUUCGUGGAUGAUCAGCCUGAGCAUUCCUGAGACCGCUGGCACACUUGAUCCUUCACUGGCCUACUGGAACGGCACAGAUAGGACUUUGGCAAUAAUGGGUGGCUAUAUCUCCAUGUCCAUUCUCGCCGGUCUCUAUCUCGGUCGAGGUACACCGUUCUCAAGUGGCAAUACUGCCCAAGAAUGGGAGGCUUCAAUCAUUGAUGUGCUUAAUCAAGCAAGUGGCGUCAUGAAGGUUAUUUUGAUCAUUAGUAUCGAGAUGCUCGUCUUCCCGCUCUACUGUGGUCUAUUAUUAGACUUUGCCUUGUUACCUCUUUUCGAGAGUACUAGUUUCAGGUCCCGACUACUCUUUACGUACAACUACCCCCUGACAUCCAUGUUUGUGCACUGGUUCGUUGGCACGGGCUAUAUGUUCCAUUUUGCCCUAUUCGUAUCAAUGUGCCGCAAGAUUAUGCGCAAGGGUGUACUCUAUUUUAUUCGAGACCCGGACGAUCCAGAGUUUCACCCGGUACGUGAUGUGUUGGAGCGGAACGUCACCACGCAGCUACGCAAGAUAUUGUUUUCUGCCUUUGUCUACGGCGCUCUCGUCGUUGUUUGCCUCGGCGGCGUGGUUUGGGGCUUAUCCUUGACGAUUCCCAGUGUCCUCCCAAUCCACUACUCCUCCAACGAGCCGGUGCUUGAAUUCCCCAUCGACUUGUUGUUUUAUAACUUCUUGAUGCCGCUUGCAGUCAAAUUCUUCAAGCCGAGCGAUGGUCUGCAUGUCAUGUAUACAUGGUGGUUCCGUCGAUGCGCCAGGACGCUCAACCUGACAUGGUUUCUCUUUGGCGAACGUCGAAUCGACGAGGAGGGCUCCCUCCGACUUCCUUCUGAUACUGACCAAAAUACACCUUGGUACCAAAGGCUGUUCCUACAAAUUGAUUCGACAGGAACAGUGACCUCUGCCACGUGGUCGGGUAUUUUCGAAGGCGGCAAAUCCAAGCCAGCUAGUCGGGUAUCCCCAGAUGAGAUGGCACAAAUGGACAAAAUCAAGUCGGACCUUGUCGAGAGCGGGCAGCUUGUCCCCGAUGGCCGGUUCGUGCGCGCACCUGCAUCUGAUCAAGUCAAGAUUCCAAAGGGACGUACCGUCUUCCUCGAGGUCACUGAUCGUGAUGCGCGACUCGACGGCCGACCUCACCUCCCGGAACCCGACAUCUACUCAGGCAAGAACUACCAAUUUGUUUACGUGCCACCGUGGUUCCGCGCCCGCAUCUUCUUAUUCAUUUUGUUCAUCUGGAUGUUUGCCGCCGUCACUGGCGUGGCAUUCACCAUUGUACCAUUGGUGUUUGGUCGGCGUAUGUUUAAGCUCUUGCUCCCUAUGCACGUCAGAACCAACGAUAUUUAUGCCUUUAGCAUUGGCAUAUAUAUACUGGGCUCUACAGUGUACUUCCUGCUUCACGCGCGAGCCACAAUGGAUCAGCUUCGAGAGUAUGUCUCUGCCUCUGCCAAUUCCGUCAUGGAUCGAGCCGUCUACGCCAAAUUCCUUCGAUUAGCCGGAAUAGGCUCGCGGUUGGCAUAUACGUACAGUAUUCUGCUCCUCGUUUUCCCCUUGGCGGUGUCAUUGAUCGUGGAGUUUUACUUGAUGAUACCCCUGCGGACAUGGAGGUAUUCACACUUGACGGACCAGGCGCAUACUCUUACGGACGGACACACUGUCAAUGUCGUGCAAUCUUGGACGCUGGGCUUACUCUAUCUGAAGAUUGGCACAAGGCUACUGGUGCGCAUGGGAGGCCGCCCAGCUCAGGCCGCCCGCGCUGUCCUACGAAGAGGCUGGAUGGAUCCGGACAUCAAUGUCCUCACCCGGGCCUUUGUCUUGCCUGGUCUUCUUUCAUCUGUUUUCCUCCUAGCCCUUCCACCUUUAGUCGCCCAAGCUGCGUUCAGCCGCGGCCUGGUCAUCAUCGAACCCUGGACGGCCAACAAGCAGAUCAUCGCGUACCGAAUGGCUUAUCCGAUUGCCGCCCUCGGAUGGGUCAUGCUCUGGUUCCUCAGAGGUAUCUUUACCAUUCUGGAGCGUUGGAGGGCAAGAGUGAGAGAUGAAGCCUAUCUGAUUGGUGAGCGCCUUCACAACUUUGGAGGUAUGGUUGGCACUGGAAGCAGAGGUACUGCUGUCAGCGCGGCUGGCGAAUGGCGAGGAGGUGCAAGAUUAUAA